CCGCCAUCGAGGAGUUAUCACAAAUUCGCAGAUCGAGCGACAUGAUGGCGCCCACGCUUUCGGAAGAUGAAAUCGAUGACUUACUGUACUUCGCAAGGACUGGCGACAAGGCCGAAUUUGAGUCUCUAAAGGAGGAGCUUUGUAAAAGAGAGAAGGUGGAGGUUACGGAUUUAGUGGAGAAUGCGCGAGAUUCAGAGAGUGGAAAUGGAGUUUUGCAUAUGGCAGCUGCGAACGGACAUUAUACUAUCCUGCUAGACCUCUGCAAGUCCCUCAGCGGAUCUUCUCCCCAAAACCCAAAGAUGCUAUCAAUACUCAACUCGCAAAAUGCCGCUGGAAACACAGCUCUACAUUGGGCUGCUCUGAACGGACAUUUGGAAGCCGUUAAAGUUCUGCUGGACGAAGGUUCUGACCCAACGAUUACAAACCACAAGGGCCACGAUGCGGUUUAUGAAGCAGAGUUGAACGAUAAGCGUGAGGUUGUAGAAUGGGUUCUGAAGGAAGGAGGAGAAGGGUUAGAAUUCGGUCUCAGUGGCGCUGGUGGUGAGGGGGCUGCAGAUGUAGAUGAGGACAUGGCGGAUGGAAAUGGGGAGGGGUCAGACGAGCCUAUCGAUGCAAAGGCUCUUGCGGAGGGAUUGAAGGAGCUAGUUGUGAAGGAUGGUGAGGAGAAAAAGUGAUGUCCUACGCAUCAUGCAAACGCGUAAUGGGCUGUUCACGAAGCCAUGCAUGCUACGUACACCUCCACCGGCACCCGAAAAAUUGCCUAAGCUGCAAUGAUAAUCCUAUGGCACGAUGCCGAUUCUGCAGCCAGGUUAGGGUUGCUUAAGUCACCCUUCUGCAACACCGCAGCGUCUGUUGCAGUACGUAUGAAGGGCAUGAGGUGAAGAUCUCAAACAUAGCUGCGGCUUUCUUGUACUUAUAUGCUGCAACUAAAGCCAUGUGCUGAAAUGGAAGACGCUGCCAGAAAGUGUUCUGCCUAAAACCUUGGCAUCAAAAUUGUCAGGUGAACUUUUUCGGAAACGAUGUACAGGAGUCCUUUGUGAUAAUCAUUGAUGCGGUUCAAAGUUUCGUUUAUAUCAGAGAAGGCUGAGACAAUGCUGUCUUCAUUUGAGACACGAAAUUUGGUUGACACUGGCUUUCUGAAUUCAGCAAGUCCUGUAUCUCGGAGCAGGCUCCAAAUACUUCUGAGGGGGCCGAGAAAAACCCUAUCGAUGCCCAAAUGUAGCAUGUGGGAGGAAUAUCAGACCAUGAUAUAGAGACGCUUGGUGAUUGUGCCUGGCAUUUCUAGGUAGAGGAGUUUCAAUAGAUCGCGUAUCGUAACCUCUAACGACAUCCUCUUGCAGCUACUCUCAAUGAAGC